CUUCUUGAGUGUUAAGAUCUCACUCUCCUACUUUAAGACGUCAAAAUGAGGACACUGUGUCUGAUUUUGCUUUUUCAUGCAAGUCUUCAGCUCCAGUGUGAUAAAAGCUACAUCACAGCACAUAUUGGAGGUGAACUCAACCUAAUCUGCAAUUACGACACAACCCGAUUCCUGUACAGUAAAAAGUACUGGUGUCGAGGGAACUCUAGAAAAACCUGUGAGAUUUUGGUAGAUUCAGAAAGUAAAACUAAAAACACACGCAGGUCUCACAUAAUAGAUGCAAGAAGAAGAGGGCUGAUUGUGAAAGUCACGGAUCUCCAAUUUGACGACACUGGAGUGUACUGGGUUGGGAUCGACAAAAUAUAUGCUGACAUCAUGACAUCACUUAAUGUGGUCAUCACUGAAGUUCCAGUAUCUAAACCGAGGCUUCAGCCCUUGAGCUCUCUGGCGGACAGGCUAACGUGCUGGGGGAAGUCAGUGACGGUGCGCUGUGGUUGCAUAAAGGGCACAGGUGUUGGUUACGUCUGGUACCAACGCACACACCACGAUUAUUUGCUCCACCGCUCGUCAGACUUGCACCUAGAAUGUGGCACAGUACAGAAGGACAGCGAUUAUUACUGUGUUGCCAGUAAUAACAUCAGCAGUCAGGAGAGUGACGUCCUCUCUGUGCAGGUGCUGAUGCCUGCAGACCGCAGCUGUGUCUAUGUAGUUACUAUGCAGGGCCAACCCCUUUAUGACUGUGACGACAGAAUGAGCACCACCACUGCCACAACUCCACCUCUGACUACCUGGCAAGCUACCAUGAAAAUCCACUCUGACACAAGAAACACAAGAAACAGGUCUUUACCAAUCAAUCAAACUGGUCAAGAUCCGUUUUUCAGCAGGGCAUGGACAGGAGUGCCGUUUUGGUAUACAUUGCUGCGUUGGGGUUCUUUUGUGUCCAUAUUGAUAUUUUUGUGCGCAGUACUCAAAGCUACCAAAGCAAGACACAAACGUGCCAAAAGGAAGAGAAGAGUUUGUACCAGGCCAAUGCCCCAAUUGGCUCAUUGACCUCAUUUUUACAGCAGUCGUUCAUAAGUCAUAUCAGCUCAUGUGACAUUGGUUUGUGGUGUUAUUAUUUUUACCAUGGUUCUUUUAUAACACGUGAGGAUUUGUAAAGAGUCUGGGUCAUAACGAUGAUGUUUAUCACAAAUAAUAACUUUUACAAGUCAUCUGAGGCCCUUGCUUGCCUUACCAAGAGGUGAAAAAAGAGGAAUGAUCUUUGACCACAUGUUCAUGCUCAAUUACUAGGUCACUAUGAUAAUAUUGUAUUUAUAACAUAAUAUUAGAAUGGAAUAGUUUAAAUAAAGGCAAACAACUUUUUUAAUGCCAGCUAGGAAAGAUGACCAUGACUCUUGAUGAGUAAGGAGGCCAGUAAAGCAAAUGCUUUACUGGAAGUUUGAGUGUUUAUUUCCAUUCCAUUCUUCCAUGUAAA